CUCUGCCCUCUGCCCUCUGCCCUCUGCCCUUUGCCCGUUUGUCCUUUGCCCGUUUGUCCCUUACCCUUCCUUACCCUACCCUUCCCUUCCUUUCCCUUUCCUCCCCCAAAACCUCAUCUCCAAACUUCACCUUUAUUCAAUACCCCAAAAACACCACCACUCCUUUUGGUGUCUCUUCUUCCUGUUCUUUGCCCUUUUUAAUUUUCGAAAACAGCUUCAGCUUCAUUCAGCUCAUUCAGCUUCUUACUCCCAAUCUCGUUCACCCUGUUCAAAAAUACGCUACCUUAUCCCUAUUCUUCUCACCGAAUAAACAGGUCCCUUUCCUUAACACGCCCCCCUGUAGCAGCCACACACCAACAACCACAGCGAUCGAAAAAAUCGCGAGCUCCCACCGAACCUGUCGAUUUUCUCCUCGCCCUUUGAGCUCCUAGAAGACCCUUUUUUUGCUGCAAGGAGACCCGCGGCUGUAUACCUCUUGCCUACCGCUUGUUUAGCUCGCAGCUAUCCGAUUUCGAAAUCUAUCCGAAAAGCUCAAACUUUCAACCCUGCGAAACGCUACGCUCUCAACCCCCUUCGUGCGAUGGUCCGCUGAGACGCUGUAUACAAUCUCGCUCGAAGCAAUCAACAUCGAACAUAUCGGAAACAAACCUCCCUUUUUGCCUCCGCGUGGGCUAUAUACUUCAUAUCAACCUCAUUUUAUACGCUCCUGCUAUAAGCUAUAAUAUUUCAAUUCGAAUUGAUCUUGUCUAAACAUAUAUUGGGCCAUCUACAACCUUCUUUUCAGAAGCUAUCAGUUUUACUACACACUUUCGUGCCUAACAAGGCACUUUAUCCUUCAACACGGCUGUAUUAUCACCAUCGAUGCGGGACAACUUUGUCCUCCCAUCUCAUCGUUUGGGUAUGCAAGAAACAGCAUCAACCAGCGGCAUGAACGGCCCAAACGCCAGGACUGCCUCCCGCUUCCCCGGCCAUGCCUCGAAACCAUCCAUUUCCGAGACGGGCUUCUCCCACGGCGCCUACAGCUCGAACCAGUUCUCUAUGGGCGGAUACGGCGAUAGGCAUCCGAACCGAGCAGCGAAUAUCCCCUCAAUCAACACGCAACCGCUAGGGCAGAACGGGGCUGAUGCCUCUACACCCGGGACCGCCUUCGACAUGCAGUUCACACCAUUACUGCCGUCCCAGCUCCUCCUCGGAAGCCCCUUCCAACCGGGCUCUCCAGCCGCCUUUGCCAACCCGCAGUUCCAGAAUUUUGCCAACUUCAGCCAGCAGCAUAAUUUACAGCAGCAGCAGCAGCAGCAAAACGGCAUGAGCAGCCCCAUCCAGGACCAAAUGUCACCACAACUUUAUCAGACCAUUGUUUCGCCGUCGACUUAUGGUGCUCCGCAGUUCUACGCCCCGCAGUCUCCAACCCAGGGAUACGCUGCUCUGGGGAACCAGAUGCAGUUACAGAUGCAAAUGCAGAUGCAGAUGCCGACUUCGCCGCAGCAAGCUCAGGGCAUUGCGGCUGGAACGAGCAGGACCGUCUAUCUUGGCAACAUUCCCCCUGAGACGUCUGCUGAGGAGAUUUUGGGUCAUGUGCGUAGUGGCCAAAUUGAGUCCGUCAGACUCCUCCCGGACAAGAACUGCGCGUUCAUCUCUUUCUUGGAUGGUGCCUCUGCCACGCACUUCCACUCGGAUGCCAUCUUGAAGAAACUGGCUAUCCGUGGACAAGACAUCAAGAUCGGCUGGGGCAAGCCGUCCCAGGUCCCGACGUCUGUUGCACUCGCCGUGCAGCAGUCCGGCGCCUCGCGAAAUGUUUACCUUGGUAAUCUGUCGGAAGACAUUACCGAGGAUGAGCUCCGCGAGGACCUGGGCAAGUUCGGCCCCAUCGAUACAGUCAAGAUUGUCCGUGAAAAGGCAAUCGGAUUUAUUCACUUCCUGUCUAUUGGAAAUGCCAUCAAGGCGGUCUCUCAGCUCCCGCAAGAGCCGAAGUGGCAGGCGCCUCGCAAGGUCUACUACGGAAAGGACCGCUGCGCGUACGUGUCCAAGACUCAGCAGCAGAACGCGGCGCAGUACCUUGGGAUUGCUCCUGGUUAUGCCCAUGUCCUGAACGGCGCGGACCGUGACCUGAUUUCCAACGCUCUGGCUCAGCAGUCUGUUGCGGCGGCCGCCGUGGCUACCACUGCCGGAGGCAUCAACAACCUUGGAAACCGCACCGUCUACCUCGGCAACAUCCACCCCGAGACCACCAUCGAAGAGAUCUGCAACGUCGUCCGUGGCGGACUCCUGCACCACAUCCGCUACAUCCCCGACAAGCACAUCUGCUUCGUGACCUUCAUCGACCCAACCUCCGCGGCCUCCUUCUACGCCCUCAGCAACCUCCAAGGCCUGAUGAUCCACAACCGCCGCCUCAAGAUCGGGUGGGGCAAGCACUCCGGCGCCCUCCCCCCCGCCAUCGCCCUCGCCGUCAGCGGCGGCGCCUCCCGCAACGUCUACGUCGGCAACCUCGACGAGUCAUUCACCGAGGACCGCCUCCGUCAGGACUUCACCGAGUACGGCGAUAUCGAGCUCGUCAACACGCUGCGCGAGAAAUCGUGCGCGUUUGUGAACUUUACGAAUAUCGCCAAUGCUAUUAAAGCUAUCGAGGCUAUUCGCGGGAAGGAGGAUUACCGUCGCUUCAAGGUGAACUUUGGGAAGGACCGCUGCGGGAACCCGCCACGCCAGCUGCAGCAGCAACCCCAACCAAGCCGCGCAGACGCCGUCAACCCCCCCCCCUCCGCAGGCCACCAGAGUAACUCUCAAAACGGCUCCAGCCCAACCAACUCCCAAGCCCCUACCACCUCCUUCCAGCCCGCCCAAGUCAACACCGCUAGCGCUGUCCUCAACGCUGGGUCUAAUAACCCGCUUACCAUGUACCUCAACCAGAUGAGCCAGCAGCAGGCGGCGCAGCACGCGCAGCAGCAGCAUCAGCAGAGUCUGGAGGGGGCGCAGGCGAGUUAUCAGCAGCAGAGACAGCAGGCGCUUGUGCAGCAGAUUUAUGGGAAUGGUGGGGGUGACGGCGGUGGUGGUGGGGGUGGGGAUAAUGGACAGAAUGGGCAGGCUGAUGGAUUGGGGAUUCAAACUCAGCCCCAUGGUGGACAUCAUCAACACUCUGCGUCUAUCUCAAACGGCUACGCGGCGCCGACAUCGAGUUCCACGACUGUAGGCGGGCUCCUCGCCCCUUCUAACGCGCGAAGCCAGCACGCAAGGGCCGCAUCAUUGCCGUUCUUCGCUCAAGACGCCAACUCCACCUCCUCCUCCAACAGCCUUGGCGUCAACGGGGGCGGAAACCCCGGAAACGGGUCUGGACAAGGCUUCGCAGGCAGGGGACACGCUUAUCAAUCGUCCUUCUCGGGACUGGUUAGCGGGAUGGGGGUGUUGGGGUUUGGUAAUGGAGUUGGUGGAGGGAUGGGUGUGGUUGGUGUAGUGGGAGGUGGAGGGGGGAAUUAUGGACUUGCGCUCCAGGAGGGGGGGUUGAAUGGAUGGGCUGAGGAGGCUUCCUAGGGGGGUUUUCUUGGGCCGCGGUUCAGCUCUCUUUGUCCUGGGGUGUGACUGUCCUGUCACUUCCUCCUCCACCUGGCCCUCUUCAUCCUGUGAAAGGAGAGGGGGAGUUGGGAGCUGGAAUUUCGGAUUUGCGGCGCGAGGAGAGAUGUGCGCGUGUACCACCUUACUUUUACCUUUCUUUGCUUUGUUUUUACUGUUUUAAUAUCCUGCUGCUGCUAUUUUUUACUUUUAUUUUGGUCAACUUUGACCUAUCACUGCUGCUCACUUGCUUACGGGCACCCCACUUUUUUUCGUUCGCCGUCUAUCGUUUGGUUUCUGAUUUUGGAAUUCGGGCGCUCUUUUUUGCUUUUAGUUCUGCGUGUGAUAUCAUCCCCUGUUUUUUAACCUUACUUUUUUUGUAUUUGGAAGGGAGAGGUGGGAGAGGGUUUAUGAUCAAUCUUACCUUUUUUGAGGGAACGACCUCUUUGUGUCCAUUUUUUAGCAGCUGGGGAUGGAUGAGUGUGGAACGGGGGUGAGAUAUGGACGGAUGGAGAGAUAUAAUACCAUAUAAUAGAGCGACACCCGAGAGCCGGGGGAUGUAUGCGAUAGGCAAGGGAAUGGGAUAUCAGGGCGUAGGGAUACACGUGGUAUAGUUGGGGGUGGGAUAAUGGGAAGGAACCUGGUUUUGAAGC